AUGUGGAGUCAGGACACAUUACAAGAAUUGGCCAAGUAUGAAUUGAUUCUAGGCUCGAGCUCACCGCGGAGAAAAGAAAUCUUGGCGCAAAACUUGGGCUUGCGUGCGUUUUCCGUGGUUACAUCUUCUUUUGAAGAAAACCUCUCGAAACACGGGAUCGCACCAGCUGAAUAUGUCACGAAAACUGCUCAGCAUAAAAUUGAAAGCAUAGUGGCCCAAUUAGAAGACAACAAAAAGUACAUUUUGAUUGUAGCAGACACAAUUGUGUGCUGUGACGGUGAAAUCUACGAAAAGCCCGAAACGAUCGACAGACAGCUUGAAAUGCUAAAAAAUUACCGGAAAGCAGGCCAAGUGGACGUAAUGACCUCGGUUCAUGUUUGCAUCGUUGACGGAGGACAUCUAGCAACACACAAUGAAAAAGUCACUAAGACAGUCUUAAAGUUCAACACCCAAUUGACCGACGAGCAGCUCCAAUUGUAUGCCAGCACCGGAGAGGGUGCAUAUGUAGCUGGAGGUUUCAAGUAUCAGGAGAAAGGCUCAAUGCUCUUCAUUGACCUAUCGGGGGAUUACUUCAAUGUGGUUGGUCUACCAGUCUAUGCAACGUUUGAGUUAGUCAAUGCCACAUUAAACGAGAACAAAUAA